GUUUCAGUUUCUCUCGGAUGGGAUUGUGUGCUCGGCGCGCGGAUGGAGGGAUGAGACCGUGGGGGAAACGCGGGGAGAGCGAGCACGAGAGCAGAGGAAGGGGGAGCCGCGGAGGAUGUAGUCUGCGCGCGCUGUGAGAAUGCAAAGCGGACGCACCCCUUGUGGAAGACGGGGCUGAACUGUGUCGCGGCCGUGCAGCCUGGUACGGGAUUUACAGCCAGCAGCCACAGAGGAUACUACUACUACACACACACACACACACUCACACACACACACACACACACACACACACACCUCGACUCACACACACAUUCGUGGGAGACGCUCUCCGGUGUGGAACCUAUACCCGUGUGGAGUUAUACGUGUGAGACGUGCGCUGUCAUUUUUUUUUUUUUUAAAUCAUGGGAUGUGGAAAGUUAAUUGCGCCCUGACACUCGGCGGACGGAGGGACCGCAUCCGGAGAGAGCUCCCCGGCUGGCAGCCGCUCAUUGGGGAACGCGGGGCCCUACAGUACUACAAUGAGUGAGUGAAAGAAGAUUUUGGACCUGCACCCUCAUCUGUGAUGUUGUAGCCGCGGUAACAUGUGAUUCCUGAAGAAGAGUGUUUUCCGCUUUUACGUCUCUGAAGGUGUUGUGCCCAGGCGGGGGUGGUAACCAUGGAGAGGCUGUUGCUGUGUGUGAUGCUGGCAGUUGCCAUGGCAGUGCGGGCACAGAUCUGCCCGAAGCGCUGCGUGUGCCAGAUCCUGUCGCCCAACCUGGCAACCCUCUGCGCCAAGAAAGGCCUCCUGUUUGUGCCGCCGAACAUUGACAGGCAUACCGUGGAGCUGCGGCUGGCUGACAACUUUGUCACCAGUGUGAAGAGGAAAGAUUUUGCAAACAUGACACGGCUGGUGGACCUCACAUUAUCCAGAAACACCAUCUCCUUCAUCACACCUCAUGCCUUUGCUGAUCUGGAAAACCUCAGAGCCCUACACCUCAACAGUAAUCGCCUAACGAGGAUAGGCAACGACACGUUUAGCGGCAUGUCGAAGCUCCACCACCUGAUCCUGAACAACAACCAGCUGAUGCUGAUCCACCAGGGAGCGUUCAACGACCUGCUGGCGCUGGAAGAGUUGGACCUGAGCUACAAUAAUCUGGACUCUAUUCCUUGGGAAGCCAUCCAGAGAAUGACGAGCCUCCACACGCUGAGUUUAGACCACAACAUGUUGGACUACAUUCCCGAGGGGACCUUCUCGCUGCUGCAGAAGCUCAACCGGCUGGACGUCACCUCCAACAAACUGCAAAAGCUCCCGCCGGACCCUCUCUUUCAACGAGCGCAGGUCUUGGCCACGUCAGGGAUCAUGUCGUCCUCGUCCUUCGCGCUGUCAUUUGGCGGGAACCCCCUCCACUGUAACUGUGAGCUCCUGUGGCUGCGGAGGCUGAAGAGGGAGGACGACCUGGAGACGUGCGCCUCGCCCCAGCACCUCUCCGGCCGAUACUUCUGGUCCAUCCCGGAGGAGGAGUUCUUGUGCGAGCCCCCCCUCAUCACCAGAUUCUCCCAUGAGAUGAGGGUGCUUGAAGGGCAGCGAGUCGCACUGAGGUGUAAGGCAAGGGGUGACCCGGAGCCAGCCAUCCACUGGAUCUCUCCGGAGGGCAAACUGGUGUCCAACUCCUCCAGGACGUUGGUCUACUCCAACGGGACCCUGGACAUCCUCAUCAGCACUGUGAAAGACACCGGCUCCUUCACCUGCAUCUCGUCCAACCCCGCCGGUGAAGCCCACCAGACGGUGGAGCUGGUCAUCAUCAAGCUCCCCCACAUCUCCAACAACACCAACAACAUCCAGGAGCCCGACCCGGGGUCGUCGGACAUUUCCACGUCGACCCGCGGCGGCGCCAACGGCAGCAACGUGACGGGCGACGUGAAGGGCGGCGCGGACAAGAGGGUGGUGACGGCCGAGGCCACGUCGUCGACGGCUCUGAUCAAGUUCAACUUCCAGAGGAACAUUCCGGGCAUCAGGAUGUUCCAGAUACAGUACAACGGGAGCCAGGACGACUCGCUGGUGUACAGGAUGAUCCCCCCAUCAAGCAAGAACUUCCUGGUCAACAACCUGGCAGCGGGGACCAACUACGACCUCUGUGUGCUGGCCAUCUAUGAUGACGUCAUCACCUCCCUGACGGCGACGCGGGUGGUCGGCUGUGUGCAGUUCACCACCGAGUCAGAGUACAUGCGGUGUCACUUCAUGCAGUCGCAGUUCCUCGGCGGCACCAUGAUCAUCAUCAUCGGCGGGAUAAUAGUGGCCUCGGUGCUCGUUUUCAUCAUCAUCCUGAUGAUACGGUACAAGGUGUGUAACCACGGUGAAGGUGGUAAGGGCGUUUCAAUGUCGAUGACCACCGUCCACUCACAAACCAAUGGGCAGCAGUCACAGGGAUGCACCGUGACUCCCAGCGCCUCCAAACAUGGCUCGAUCGGAUUGGACGACCUCUUGGGCGGCACAAAGAAGAGGAGCGGGGCGGCAGGAGAGGCGGUUGGGGGCAAGGACACGCUGACCCACUCGUCCGACUCCUCCCUGCCCGACUGUUCCACGACUACGUCGGUCCUCAGCCAGCAUUGGACGGCCAGAAGCCCGACGGCCAGAAGCCCGACGGCGGCAGCCGAGGAGCGGGAGAAAGCUGGCGAAGAGCGACCCCAAGCUGGCGUCUCAACUCCCAACGGCACCACCGGCACACUGCCCAAGCCAAAGCGGAAGCCCGCUCCGAGUAAGCCGGGCUCGGCCUGCUCAAGCAACCCCACCGUCCCCGAAAAUCUCCCCUCCCCUCGACCUCCCUCCUCCUCCUCCACCUCCUCCACCGCUUCCUCGGUGCUCCUCCCUCCCUCCAUCGGCCUCGAGCACCUCAACACCAACCGCAACAACUCCACGUCUCUCAACCACACCCCGCCUCCCGUGGCCCCUUCCCCUUUCUCCAGCCCUUACAACACACCCAGCCCCGUCCCCUCCUCCCGAUUCAGAGAGAUGCCCAUUCUGCGCCGGGCUCCCCGCGCCUCCUCUUCCGCCAAGUACCAGACUCUCCCUGUGGAGGAGGGAGGGAGGAGCAGGGCGAGGAGGAGGUAUUCACUCAGCGAAGGGGGCUCAAAGACUCACUCGCCCCAUCAGGGAGGAGGAGGAGCAGCGCCCAAAUUAGGGCGUAUAGUGCGUAACAAAAGGAGCCAAUCAAUGAGCGGGAUGCUGCUCGCUAAGGAUGGCGAUGGAGACUCGGACAAAGGGCGGUGUGAUUCGGACUGGAUCUUAGAAAGCACAGUUUGAGCGGGAACAAGAAAUAAACUUAUCAUACUUAUCUUUUGUAUGAGAGUGUGUGUUGUUUGUGUGUGUGUGUGUGUGUGUUUGUUUGCGUGUGUGUGUGUACACAUCUACGGAUUUGUUCAUAGAUGUGUGAGUGACGGUAAAGGUGUGUGUGUGAGCCUUUGUGACAUGUUUUUACCGUUUAGAAUGUGUGUUUUCGGUGUGUGUUCCCAUUAACCGUGGCCGGAUGAGCGCGUCUUCUGCAUCCACACCGCUUCCUUUUUCAACCAGUUUUUUUUUGAUAUAUAUAUAUAUAUAUAUAAUUAUUUUUCAUAUUCUUCACAACUCUUUGUAUUCAGUUUACAGUUGAUGUGUUUUAGUUUUUUUUCCCACUUUGAGACAGUUUCCCGUCGGCCAUUGAGCGAGCGGAGAACUUGCCUUGUCUCGUAGCGUCCUCGAGUCGUCUCGUCGGUUCACACUUUAUAGCACAAGAGAAAAAAAGGACGAUGGCCUCAUUUCCCGACUCUCGCACUCACCUUAUCUGAAAAGAAUACCACGAAGAGGGAAUACUUACAGGAAGAAAAAAAUAACGGUACAAAAAAACCCCCCCAACAACAACACAAUGAGUGAAAAGCACACCAUGAUCAACGUUGGCACGGCCGCAGGAAGGGUGCGUCCAUCUGGGGGCAAGAGAAUCGCAGUCGGCGCCUUCUUUUGCACUAACUGACUCUGGGACACAUGACACAACCGGAUUCAGGACUCCGCCCACAACUCCACGCUCGCGGGAUUAGCAAAGAGGGGGGACAAACAAGAGGAACGGAGCGACUUCACACAUAGCCUUUCUCGCCCACUGACGAGUACGGACGUUUUUCAGGACACACAGUGACACAUAGACGGAGACAACAAACAAGCAACAGACAGAUGAAGACUUUUAACGGACCUCUUAAUGAAAUUGAUAUUUUUUAAAGGGAAGAAUUAAAAAAAAAAAAAAGGAAAAAAAGAAGAGGAACAUAAAAACCUUGCGAGCUUUCCACCGGCGGUGGUCUACCGCGGCCCGCGGCGGUCUCAAGCUCCCGGGAAAGCUUCUGUACAGAAAAAGGCAACAUGUACUGUGUUGUUAUGUUGUGUAAAAUAAAAAAAGGGAUAAAAUGAA